AUGGAACUCAUUGGUCAUUACGAUUCCAUUCUACAUGAUCAUCUCGAAAAAGUAAAAGCUUCUCAACAGAGCCAUAAGCGAAUGCAAGCACAUUAUUUGUCAAAUGAUAUCCAGAAUGAGUUUAUUCAGUGCUGUGCAGAUAAAGUUACAGAUGUGAUAUUAGAUGAGAGGGAGAAAUGCAAAUAUUUUUCAAUGAUUGUGGAUGCAACGCCUGAUACAGCUCAUAUUGAGCAAAAUGUUUUUAUUUUAAGAUACGUCUUACAGGACAAAUUGACAGGAAAAUAUGAGGUAAAAGAGAGAUUUCUGGAAUUUGUAGAUUGCAAUAAAAAAACUGGUGAAGAUAUUGCAAAUAUAAUUACUUCUACUCUUCAGAAACAUAAAAUACCACUGAUGUGCUGUCGCGGACAAGGAUACGACAAUGGGAGUAAUAUGAAAGGUUCAGUCAAGGGAGCACAAGCUCGAAUUCUUCAACAUUAUCCACUUGCUACUUACUCUCCCUGUGCUUGUCAUAGUCUGAAUUUAUGCGGUGCACAAGCUGCUGAAUGUUGUCCUCAAGUGAUAACUUUCUUUGGGAUAGUGCAAAAACUGUAUAACAUAUUUAGUAGCAGUUCUCAAAGAUGGGAAAUUUAA